AUGUCUUUUCAUCCAAACUACUACUUGAAUGGUUUGAAUUUGGAGUAUGCUGACGAUGCUGCUGCAUCGGCAAGCAAUAAUAACAUGUUUUCCCCUUCUUCAAACGGUAAUCAGGACAUGAUCACAGAGGAGGACAUUCAAAAGCAUCUUGAUUUGUUCAGUGGUGCUGCUAAUGAUUUCUACUCAUUAGAUGUUAUUGGAGACAAUUAUGUAGUUCCAAAUAAACCUAUACAACAGCAACAACAACAACAACAACAGCCUCCUCGUCAUCAACAGCAGAGUCAUCCACAUCAUACGCAGCCCUACUCUAGUGAAACUUUUACUAGACCACACCAACCAUCAGUUGUAAAUUCAACCACAUCACAAACGAGCAACAGUCAUGACUUUACAUUGACAGCAAACACUGCUUUUGUUCAAUCCCCAAAUUCAGUAGCGUCUACUCCUUACACACCUUCUGUGUAUUCCAGUGCGCAGACGCUGUCAGCCUUUGUUUCUCAAAGUCCUUCUGCAAGUAAUUCUUUGGCUUUAUCGCAAAGUGCGCUUGAGGACAAGAAAAAGAGAAACACGGCUGCUAGUGCAAGAUUUAGAAUUAAGAAGAAGUUGAAGGAACAAGAGAUGGAGAGGAAGGCCAAAGAAUUGGAAGAGAAAGUUGCCCAAUUGCAAAAAAGAUUGAAAACUAUGGAAAUGGAGAACAAGUGCUUGAAGAGUAUAAUUUUCCAACAAAAUGAACAGAAAAAUGUUGAUUUACUUGAAUCGAUAAAGAAGAAGUCCAUUCUUGAUAGUAAAUCAAAUUUUGAGUACACUGUUUAA